GGUUGAUGUUUUGAGUUGAAACAGCCACAAUGGAUGGUUUCAAACUUGUGUUUAUUUUGUUGUUGUAUCACCAGUUUUUACUCAAAGGGCAAACUUCUCCGGUGAGAGAUAAAGCUUACAAGAUUGAUGUUAAGCAAGACGUUCUGGGGAGUCAAGGUAACCAAAUGCCCAUUCCUUAUCAAGUGAACAACCAAAAUCCAAGACCAGUGAUGGCAAAGUGCAACAUGGCUAUUCUGCUGUCUAUAAAGAAUGCAUCAGGGCUAGUUAUUCAAAAAGGUAUUGAAGGGUCAGUGUUGGCAGGCAACCCUGGCCAACACAACCCUCAGCCCCAGCCAGAGGGUCCCAGCCCUGGCCACCCGGAGCCCCAGCCAGAGGGUCCAGUCCCUGGUCGCACAGAGCCCUCUCCUCAUCCCCAGCCGCAGGGUCCCGUCAAGCCAGAGGGUCCCGUCCCAGGCCGCCCAGAGCCCUCUCCUCAUCCCAAGCCAGGGGGUCCCGUCCCAGGCCGCCCAGAGCCCUCUCCUCAUCCCAAGCCAGGGGGUCCCGUCCCAGGCCGCCCAGAGCCCUAUCCCCAUCCCCAGCCGCAGGGUCCCUUCCAGCCAGAGGGUCCCAGCCCUGGCCACGAGGAGCCCCAGCCGGAGGGUCCAGUUCCUGGUCGCCCAGAGCCCUCUCCUCAUCCCAAGCCGGAGGGUCCCGUCCCAGGCGGCCCAGAGCCCUCUCCUCAUCCGCAGCGUCCCGUCCCAGGCGGCCCAGAGCCCUCUCCUCAUCCCCAGCCGGAGGGUCCCGUCCCAGGCGGCCCAGAGCCCUCUCCUCAUCCCCAGCCUCAGGGUCCCGUUCAGCCGGAGGGUCCCGUCCCAGGCGGCCCAGAGCCCUCUCCUCAUCCCCAGCCUCAGGGUCCUGUCCAGCCCGAGGGUCCCGUCCCAGGCGGUCCUGAGCCCUCUCCCCAUCCCCAGCCGCAGGGUCCCUUCCAGCCAGAGGGUCCCAGCCCUGGCCACGUGGAGCCCCAGACGGAGGGUCCAGUUCCUGGUCGCCCAGAGCCUUCUCCUCAUCCCAAGCCAGAGGGUCCCAUCCCAGGCGGCCCAGAGCCCUCUCCUCAUCCGCAGCGUCCCGUCCCAGGCGGCCCAGAGCCCUCUCCUCAUCCCCAGCCGGAGGGUCCCGUCCCAGGCGGCCCAGAGCCCUCUCCUCAUCCCCAGCCUCAGGGUCCCGUUCAGCCGGAGGGUCCCGUCCCAGGCGGCCCAGAGCCCUCUCCUCAUCCCCAGCCAGAGGGUCCCGUCCCAGGCGGCCCAGAGCCCUCUCCUCAUCCCCAGCCUCAGGGUCCCGUCCAGCCACAGGGUCCCGUCCCAGGCGGCCCAGAGCCCUCUCCUCAUCCCCAGCCGCAGGGUCCCGUCCAGUCAGAGGGUCCCGUCCCAGGCGGUCCUGAGCCCUCUCCCCAUCCCCAGCCGCAGGGUCCCUUCCAGCCAGAGGGUCCCAGCCCUGGCCACGAAGAGCCCCAGCCGGAGGGUCCAGUUCCUGGUCGCCCAGAGCCCUCUUCUCAUCCCAAGCCGGAGGGUCCCAUCCCAGGCGGCCCAGAGCCCUCUCCUCAUCCGCAGCGUCCCGUCCCAGGCGGCCCAGAUACCUCUCCUCAACCCCAGCCGGAGGGUCCCGUCCCAGGCGGCCCAGAGCCCUCUCCUCAUCCCCAGCCUCAGGGUCCCGUCCAGCCUGAGGGUCCCGUCCCAGGCCGCCCAGAGCCCUCUCCUUAUCCCCAGCCGCAGGGUCCCGUCCAGCCGCAGGGUCCCGUCCCAGGCGGCCCAGAGCCCUCUCCUCAUCCCCAGCCGCAGGGUCCCGUCCCAGGCCGCCCAGAGCCCUCUCCUUAUCCCCAGCCGCAGGGUCCCGUCCAGCCACAGGGUCCCGUCCCAGGUGGCCCAGAGCCCUCUCCUCAUCCCCAGCCGCAGGGUCCCGUCCCAGGCGGCCCAGAGCCCUCUCCUCAUCCCCAGCCGCAGGGUCCCGUCCAGCCGGAGGGUCCCGUCCCAGGCGGCCCAGAGCCCUCUCCUCAUCCGCAGCGUCCUGUCCCAGGUGGCCCAGAGCCCUCUCCUCAUCCCCAUCCUCAGGGUCCCGUCCAGCCUGAGGGUCCCAUCCCAGGCCUCCCAGAGCCCUCUCCUUAUCCCCAGCCACAGGGUCCCGUCCCGGGCGGCCCAGAGCCCUCUCCUCAUCCCCAGCCUCAGGGUCCAGUCCAGCCUGAGGGUCCCAUCCCAGGCCACCCAGAGCCCUCUCCUUAUCCCCAGCCGCAGGGUCCCGUCCCAGGCCACCCAGAGCCCUCUCCUCAUCCCCUGCCGCAGGGUCCCGUCCCAGGCCGCCCAGAGCCCUCUCCUCAUCCCCAGCCGCAGGGUCCCGUCCCAGGCCGCCCAGAGCCCUCUCCUCAUCCCCAGCCGCAGGGUCCCGUCCAGCCGCAGGGUCCCGUCCCAGGCGGCCCAGAGCCCUCUCCUCAUCCCCAGCCGCAGGGUCCCGUCCCAGGCGGCCCAGAGCUUUCUCCUCAUCCCCAGCCGCAGGGUCCCGUCCCAGGCGGCCCAGAGCCCUCUCCUCAUCCCCAGCCGCAGGGUCCCGUCCCAGGCGGCCCAGAGCCCUCUCCUCAUCCCCAGCCGCAGGGUCCCGUCCAGCCGGAGGGUCCCGUCCCAGGCCGCCCAGAGCCCUCUCCUCAUCCCCAGCCGCAGGGUCCCGUCCAGCCGGAGGGUCCCAGACCUGGCCGCCCGGAGCCCAAGCCAGAGGGGCCCAGCCCUGGCCAUUCUGAGACCCAUCCCCAGCCAGAGGGGCCCAGACCUGGACAUUCUGAGCCCCAUCCCCAGCCGGAAGGGCCCAGACCUGGUCACCCUGAGCCCUAUCCCCAGCCAAGGGGCCCCAGCUCUGGCCAGCCUGAGCCUCAUCCCAGCUCACAGCAUCCCAACCAUGAGCUGAAAGAACAGAACUCCAAGCAGCGGCCUGUUGUCACCUGCUUAUUAUCACCACAAUGUGCUUUUGCUGUUAAGUCACUUCUUGGAUCUCUUCACUAA